AUGACAUAUAAUGAAGAUAUACCACCAAAUUGCCAAGAACCAUUUUUAAAUUUAAUUAAAACUCAAACUGAACUCAAAGAAUUUGAGCUAAAAUAUUUUAGAAUCAAGUUUGAUAAAGAUAAUCUUGCAAAUCUUGUACCAAACUUGAAAGUAUUAUCAAUAAAACGUUCUUUUGGAAAUCCUUUUGGAGUAGACCAAAAUAAUUUACAAAAUCUUCAAAGACUCAAAUUAGUAGAUAAUGACAUAGAAUUAAAUAGAAUUAUACUAAAGACAAAAUACAAAUCAUUAAAAUUUUUUAUAAUAAAUGAGAGAGAAUUAAGUAAUGAA